UUUUUAGCAACGAGGAAAAUGGAAAAUCCAGACGAUCUUUAUGAUAGAGUUCUUGAUAACUUCGACUGGGGUUACUCGAUAAUAGUGGCCCCGAAGAAAUACUUUAGAAAGGAGAAAAUUCAAACUAAGCUGAGCGACUCGUUCAAGGCUAUGACUUGAAAUUUAUGCCUUGAUUCUGCAUACUCAAUAGAUUUACCAAACCAAGAUCUCAUGUGUGUCAAACAUUAUGAUUUGAUGGAGGAUAAGGGCAAUUUUAAAACAAUUGACAAAAUUUGGCAAGAAAUUAAUCUUCAAUCUGACCGUCUUGAGAAGGAACUCCUUCUUGUUGAGUGUAUUCACAGUUAUUGGGAAAGCAAACAGAACCAAACUGCGUAUGAAGAUACCUUCAUUACUGAGAUAGAUGAGCUCUUUCAGAAAAUUCUCUCCCUUCUAAAAUCCACAGUGAUUGAUAUGAGUAAAGUCCAGGAAAUAUUCACACUUGAGAUGUAUAGUAUUUGGAUGAAUAAUUUUUAAAAAAAUUACUAAUUUAUUCGAACAAAUUCAUACUAAAAGUGGAACUGCACUUUCUUACCUAAUGGCCAAUAAAAUCCUUGAUGAAGUCUAUUACAUAGCUGGAGAUGACUCCAGACUCACAGAGGUAGAGAAGCAAGAGGAAAGAUUGUAUGGUAAAUCAUUUGAUAUCCUCAGUCUCAUUGGAGCAUUUGAGAAGCCUCUGGGAACACAUGAAAAGAUCAAGGAGAAAAUUAGAUGAAGAAAUAAAUAAGGUCAUACAUAGGUUAAUGGAAAAUACAAUUGGGAAAAGGAUGCAAGAGAGAGAAAAUGAGAAGGAGAAAAAUUCUUCGUAUGAGGAACUUAAAGAGCAGCUUGCAGAAUGUCAUGAAUUUAUCUCGUCCCUCAGAGAUAUUCCACUAAUUGAUAGAGGUUCUGAGAUCGUCCAUUUUAUCAAAACUCAUGAUCUGGAAAAGCCUCCCAGCUCAUCUGUAGUUGUUGAAGCUCUAAGAAAGAACAACAUUGAUCCUAAUCCAGACUUUGGUGAAGACUACAUCAUCGAUCUUGACUUUAAGCUGAACGAAGAGGGUUUGAAGUUUAUAAUCGACACCAACGACUCUAAAUUUGCGAAUUACAGAAAAUUAUCUCUAAGAAAUAUCUACUCACUUUACAGUAGAGGAAUAUUACAGCUUAACAAGUUCCUAGAUAGGUCUAUUCCUAAUGUACUCCAGAUCUUGUACUUACAUGGAGGAGAGAGGACUGGAAAAACUAUUCUUCCAGAUCUGAUUCCUGCAUUAAGAUAUGUAAAGAAACAGAUUUAUUUAGACUGGUUUACCAUUGAUCAUCUAAUGCUUAAAGAAAUCAUUGAAGCAAGCUGGAAGGUUGAACAACUUGUGCUGAACUAUAUAAAAGUUGGAGGUCUUCCAAGUACUUUCAGGCUUGAAGACACCAUUGAUUUCAAUAUCCAGGUGCUAGGUCUUUAUGGAACCAUCUCUAAAGAUCCCGAAAAGGAUGAAUAUGGAUAUAUAGAUGAAGCUUAUUCCUGUGAGUACAUCAAUAAAUCAGGAUUCAAGAUUUUAGCAAAGGCUAUGAAGAAUACCUCCUUAAAGGAAUCUUUAAAGAAGGUCCAUCUCUCAUCACAGGCUAUUAGUAAAGCUGAAGCUGAAAAGGUCUUUAAAUUUUAUGGCCUAAAUGCAAAGAUAAGGGCAAAUAAAAAGUGGCCUGAAUGUUUAAUCUAACGAUCUA